AUGAGCAGUCGCGACCGCUCAAGAGGGCCUCGCGGUGAAACACCGCCUCAACGAGAUCCUCGAAGAGCUCCCGAUAGUCGAAAUGGUGGAUCAGCUGGAUCCGGUGAUACGGCAGCCUCGAGGGCGGAGAAGUUCGAAGACGAAAAGCGGAGGAUCAUUCAAAGCUGUUUUGCGAAGAAAGACAGUGAUGGCUCUUUGGUCGAGUCCUACAUAACCCAUGUCCGUAUUAUAGAAGACGGAGCGUACCCAUCAUCACCCGCCCCGCCAAAUUCCGCCCCUGAAAAUAAGAAGGCAAGAGUGAUAAUUGUUGCUGUGAGACGGUCUGGAAGAGUGCGCAUGCACAAAGCUAGGGAGAACAAUGAUGGAACUUUUUCGAUUGGGAAAACAUGGAUGUUGGACGACUUGUCUGCAAUUCAAUCGUUCAAUGCGUGGGUGCCGUCCACCCCGCUAGAAGACCAGCAAAAGCAAUGGGCAUCGAAUGUUGGCUUUAUUGUAACGGUUGGAAAGCCUUACUACUGGCACGCAAAAACCUCCAAGGAGAAGGACUUCUUCAUCGGCAGCUUGGUGAAGAUCUACAAGAAAUACACUGGGGGCAAAAUUCCGAACCUUAUAGGUUUCGACGACCGUGAGCGUCAACUCCUCCUUGGGCCACCACCGUCUGCACCUCCCAGCGCAAAGGGCCCAAGUCCAAGCUCUUCACAUCCCGAAGGACCCCUUCCGCAACCUCGCCCCCCUUCGUCCCAGGGCGGCCGGCCGCAGUCUCCUGCCUUUGCGUUCCGUGAGCCGAGGCAGAGAGGGCAAAAUCCAAACAUGCCACUAUUACCAAAGAUAAGUCGGGAACAGAUGAGGAGGCCUUCUACUGGGCAAUCUGAAAGAAGCAUUCCGCCGCCGCCGUUCGCACCACCUCAACAUCCUCCACCAGUCGCUCCCGUCUCGCCGGGAGAUCAACCGCCUCCGCGUGCAAUUGAGCGACUUGCGGCCGAUAACAAGGCCCCAUCCCCGCUCUCACUUUCAGAGUCGAGAAACAGAGAGAUCCCGAGCAGUCUUAGAACACCCUCUGCCGAUUCGAGAGAAAGGCCGAGUAGAGAUGUCGGAGAAGGCAGUUUCUCAAGCGUGCAAACUGAGCCUCGGCCACCGUCCUCGCGCAGCGGAAAGACAAUACCUGAACCCCGCCCUGUUUUGCGUGGUCAAGAUUCGAGCUCAAGUAUACCAGGGACUAGAAAAGCCAACGAGGAGAUUGUUCCGGGUCUAGCCCCGGGCGAGUUACGCGUGAAAGAUCCUACAAAGGGCACACCGUCAGGGCCAAUUUCACCCCCUGCAGGAGAUCAACUGAGCAGUCCAAACAAUAUGCACGCCGCCGACGUACCACCCGGAUUGCGGCCAGGUUCAUCCGCGAGUAACAACACGGCUGCCAAGCCUGUCGAGACACCACAACCAGUUUCAGAGCAGAAACCAGAACCAACUGAGCCCGUUAUAGAGAGUAAACCAAUGUCUCCUCCUGCUAGCUCUCCAGAUGCUCCCCAGCAAGAUAUGGAGGAUGAUUCCGAGGCCCACCGACCAGGCCUUGGGCCCAUGAUCAAGAAGAAGUCUAAUAAAGAUGUGGCGGGCGCAUUUCGCAAAGCCGCCACUGCCUAUGGCGUGUUCAAGCCGCGACCAGGAGGUGCUGGUGAAAAGCUUCUUGCAGCGGCAAAGAAGCAAGCUGCUGCUUCAGCAGAACCAGACGGGAUCACUGGUGUCGUCCCCGCGCCGUCUCUCCUUCGGAGACCGACUGAUCCUAGCAGUACGUCGCCGGAGGAAAUCAUCAAGGAAUCACCCGCUGCGCCUUCGGUUGCGCAAGAAACCACGGAUACUCCGCCUCAAGAUGUGCCUGUUCCUCUGGAACCGCCCAAGGUCGAAGUUACGGAAGCUGCCCCUGAUCUUAGCGUAGCACCUUUGGCAGCCGCCGCGAAGACGACAGCGAUGGCCGCUACAGCAGACGAAAGAUCGCGGUCCGUGUCGCCUUCCCCACGCGACCGCCGGCGCAGGCGUCAUGAGGAUAACACGAUCAAGUAUUGCCAUGCCCUUGGGCUCGACCCCAGGGUUCUUGCAGGCCGAGGUGUGGACUUUGAUGACAUUCUGACUGACCUUGGUUGGAACGGUCGUCUGUCUGAUGAACAAAGAAUUGAAGACCUUGAAGCGGAUGUCCGCCGGGAAAUUGGACGUGUAGAGGCUACCAGCUGGCUUGGUAAUCUUGAACAACAAGAGGGCAAAGUUGAUCAGCUUGCUAAGCUGAUUGACAGAACUAUUGAAGAGUGCGAGGAGCUGGAUAACCUCCUUACUCUGUAUUCACACGAGCUUAGCACUCUUCGCGACGACGUGGCAUACAUAGAGGACCAAUCUCAAGGUUUACAGGUACAAACAGCGAAUCAGAAACUUCUUCACAGUGAGCUGCAGAAGUUGCUAAAGACGCUUUCAAUUUCCUCAAAAGACUUGCAGCCUCUGAAGGAAGCUUCGCUUAGCAAUCCUGACGGCUUGAGGGAGACGGAAGCCGCACUUUCAACCUUGUAUAAUGCCAUGCUGAUGAUUGAUCCGGACAUCUGGCAUAACAAAAAGCGUCUGGAUGCUGCUGUGGGCCAUGGUAGCGCAGGGAUCUACGCCGAUACCGAGAUUGGUCAGAUGCGUGCCAUAAAGGACAAAAAGGAGGAGUACCGCUUUCACACCUCGUCCUUCCUUCAGCGGCUCAAGCAGUUUAUGGCCAUCGCUUAUAAAGUAGCGGAGCAAAAGCGGGCUGACGCCGCGGCGGAUUCGCAGAGAGAUCCAAUGAAGCUAAGUGGCUCAGCCAGGGCUUACUCUCGUCGAGAACUAUGGCUCUAUCACGGCUUAAUCCUGUUCGCACGCGAAGUUAGCGGCGCGGAGUGGCAAGGUUUGAUUACGCUAUACGAACAGCAGGCUAAACAAUCCUACCAAGCCGAGUUCCGUGACAACAACAUGGCAUGGAAAAAGGUUGCUAGGAAAAUAACUGGCGAAGAAUCAGAGCUUCUAUUCACCCAUCAGGACAAAGAAAAGGAAGCUGAAGGCAUUACAACCGCCGCAAGGAAGCUGACCGUUAGAAGAGGCAAGACGAUUCGCGCUGCAGCAGGAUUCAGGCUCUCCUUUGGGGACAAACAGCAUGGGAAGCUUGAACCUUACGAAGUGUUUGCUGGCACUCUUCAGGAAACAGUGAAGAUGAUGUCAGAGGAGCAAAACUUUGUUGUACGCUUCUUUCACUUGACCUCGCUGACAAACACGGACUUUGGUGACCUUGUGGCUUCGGGCAACCCUGAUGAGCGUCCAGUCCCAGACUUUACAGCCAAACAGCCGCCUGAUCCGGACCGGAAUAUGGCUCGAAAGGUCGAACAGGCAAUGGACGAGCUUUACUCUUUUUGGCCGACGGACAUGCAGAAUCUCGUGGACUGGUCUCUCAAAUCAGAUCCUCUGCAAGGAAUCGGUAUCCUAUUUGCGCUAGAAAAGGCCAUCUCGGAUCUAGAUGACUCCAACCAGGACUACAUUGUCCAUUCACUGCAAAAACUCCACACUCGUCUGAUUGGCCUCUUCAAUCGGUUUGUUGAUGAGCAAAUUCGCGGCAUUGAGGAGACUAAAGUCAAGGUCAACAAGCGCAAGGGUGUCAUUUCUUUUAUGCGAGUUUUCCCCAACUUUUCUACUGCGGUUGAGAACAUGCUAUCCGACCCAUCGCAAGAGCUCUAUGACGUGCGCAUCAGCGUCAACGAAGCCUACGACCGGAUCAACCGUGCGAUGUGGGAGUCUCUCAAAUUCAUCGCCAAAGAGGCACCAGGCCAGUCUGCAGCAGUGGCGGCCGGUUCUGGCGACCCAGAAGACAAGGAAAUCUUGAACUAUCAUAUCCUCUUGAUCGAGAAUAUGAAUCAUUAUAUUGAAGAAGUUGACGUUCGAAACCUACCAGUUCUGGAACGAUGGCGCGACCGGGCGCAGCAAGAUCUGCAGGAGCAUCUGAAGUUGUACCUUGACUCUGUCAUCCACAGGCCACUUGGAAAGCUACUCGACUUCAUUGACUCGGCUGGGAACCUCAUUUCCACGACCAGCAACCCUGCCGAUAUCGCAAGUCGCCCUAGCCACUCACGGUCGGUAGCGAAGAAAGUGCUGGCCACCUAUGACAUAAAAGAGAUCAAGCGGGGAAUUGAGAUGCUGAAGAAGCGAGUCGAGAAGCACUUUGGCGACGCCGACGACCCGGGUCUUAGUCGAAGCCUUGUGAUCAAGGUGCUGCGUGAGUGUGAGGGCCGUUAUGAGAGGGCAUACGACGAGACGCAAGGCGUCCUCCAUGCGGUUUACGAAGGACAGCUUGAACUUGAAUGGCGCAAGGAGGAUGCGAUUGCCAUGUUCAGGAAGUAA